AUGUUUUUUACCCGUAGAAUUGGCCUUUUUUUUCAUAAAGGACAGGUUGCUUCAAGAGCAAAAAAAGCAUGUUUUCGGCCAGUUGUUCAACCACUUCUUUCUAGAACUGUUGAUUCUUCAUUUUUUAAUAUCCGUUGGAUAACAUCUGAAACACCAGCACAAAAUUUGCCUGUUGGGCGAGUAAAAACAGUGAUUGGCGCUGUUGUGGAUGUUCAAUUUGAUACAGAAGAUCUUCCUAAAGUAUUAGAUGCAUUGCAUCUGGACCUUCCUGAUGGAAAACGUCUUGUUCUUGAAGUUUCUCAGCAUAUGGGUGAGCGUACUGUUCGAACUAUUGCUAUGGAUGGGACAGAGGGCCUUGUUCGUGGUCAGAAAGUGAAAGCAACAGGAGGACCUAUUAAAGUUCCUGUUGGACCGGGGACUCUUGGGCGAAUUAUGAAUGUUGUUGGAGACCCAAUUGAUGAACGUGGUCCCAUCAAAGCAGUAAAAUUUUCACCUAUUCAUGCAGAACCACCUGCAUUUUCUGAGCAAGAAACAACACCCUCUCUUCUUGUAACUGGUAUUAAAGUUGUUGAUUUACUUGCACCAUAUGCUCGAGGAGGAAAAAUAGGUUUAUUUGGUGGUGCAGGGGUGGGAAAGACCGUUUUUAUUCAAGAAUUGAUUAACAAUAUUGCUAAAGCAUAUGGGGGUUACUCGGUCUUUGUUGGUGUAGGAGAGCGUACUCGAGAGGGUAAUGAUUUAUAUCAUGAGAUGAUUCAAACAGGUGUUAUUAAAUUAGAUGGCGAAUCGAAGGCAGCACUUGUUUUCGGUCAGAUGAAUGAGCCUCCUGGAGCACGUGCACGUGUUGCUUUAACAGGAUUGACGGUUGCUGAAUACUUCCGUGAUGAAGAAGGCCAAGAUGUGUUGCUUUUUAUCGACAAUAUUUUCCGGUUUACUCAAGCGGGUUCAGAAGUAUCCGCCCUUCUUGGGCGUAUUCCUUCUGCUGUUGGAUACCAGCCAACGCUUUCAACAGACAUGGGUGGUAUGCAGGAGCGUAUUACAACGACAAAGAAAGGCUCUAUUACAUCGAUUCAGGCUGUCUAUGUUCCCGCAGAUGAUUUGACAGAUCCUGCGCCCGCUACAACCUUUGCUCAUUUGGAUGCAACAACAACACUCUCUCGAAGCAUUUCUGAGCUCGGUAUCUAUCCUGCUGUUGACCCAUUGGACUCAAACUCUCGCAUGAUGAAUCCGCGUAUUGUUGGUGAAGAACACUAUAGGAUCGCUUCAGAAGUCCAGUUCAUCCUUCAGAGCUACAAAUCUCUCCAGGAUAUCAUCGCCAUUCUAGGCAUGGACGAGCUCUCAGAGGCAGACAAAUUGACUGUGGAACGUGCACGCAAACUCCAACGGUUCAUGUCUCAACCGUUCGCUGUUGCUGAAGUAUUUACGGGUCUAGAGGGCCGUCUUGUCAGCCUGAAGGAUACACUCCGCUCUUUCAAGGAAAUCAUUGAAGGCCGUGCCGACGAUCUCCCUGAAAACGCAUUCUACAUGGUUGGCGAUAUCGACGAGGCCAGAGCCAAGGCCAAGAAGAUCAUGGAAGAGAUCGGCAAGUAGGCGCUUGCGCCGUGCACUGCCGCCUCUGGCCACCCAUUCUAAUGCUUUUGUCUCUU